ACCAAUAUUUUGGCAUCGAAUCACCUUUCUCGAAAAAUCAAAACCCUCGACAUCGCUUCCGAAUUCCCAAUUCUGAAACCCUAAUUCGAUUCAAUCAAAGGGAUUCAUGGCAAACCAAUCUUCUUCCUCCGCUUCUUCUUCCUCCCAGUUCACCUACUCCUCCGAUGCCUCUUACUUCCCCAUGCCUUUCCACCUCCAGCAACCCGCCACACACUACGACUACUCUGCGCCGUACGCGGCUGCGGCGCCACCACCGGCGUAUCCGUAUCCUCAGGCGCCGCAGUUCCAGAGGGACGCACAGCAGCUAUUCCAGAGGGACGCGCAGACGAUCACGCCGGAAGCUCUCGAGAACGUGAAAGCUGCAAUCGCGAACAGCGAGAUCGAGCACAAGGCGGAGGCGAAGAAGAAGGCGGUUCCCCGGAGAGCCGCCGGUCAGUCGUGGGAGGAUCCGUCGCUGGCAGAGUGGCCGGAGAACGACCACCGGCUGUUCUGCGGCGAUCUAGGAAACGAGGUGAACGACGACGUUUUGUCGAAGGCGUUCUCGCGUUUCCCUUCGUUCAACAUGGCUAGGGUUGUGAGGGACAAGCGUUCAGGGAAAACCAAAGGCUACGGAUUCGUGAGCUUCGCGGAUCCUGCGGAUCUGGCCGUUGCGCUGAAAGAGAUGAAUGGGAAAUACGUUGGGAACAGACCAAUCAAACUCUGCAAGAGUAAGUGGAGAGAGAGAACUGAUAUUGGUGCUAUGGAGAAGCAGAAGAAGCAAUCCAAGAAGAAAACCAAAUCUUCUAGGGUUGGGGUCUUGCAUUAUUGACAAACCAGAUAAUUACAAAUGGGCCGAUCAUGUGAUCUUCCUCUACACAGCCUGUGAUCGUCUUGGGUCAGAGCAUCUUGCAGUUGGGCCGCUUUAUCCCAUGGGUCUUCUGUGGAACGCGAUGGGGGGUGUACCUGCAAGACAUUCCGACGUUCAAGUCAGUUAUGGUUCAAGCAGGUUUAAGUAUGUAGAAGAAGAUGAUGUACCUUAGUGUUGAUAUAUGUAUUUAGAGUGGAGAGAUGAGCAGCUUGGGAAGAUGUUACUUAGUGAUCAGGUUUGCUUUGCCUUGGAGGCUAAGUAAUUGAGCUGCCAUGAUUAAAUGUUGAUGAGCUUGCUGUCAUGGUGUCUUUAAGGUUGAGGAGCUUGCUGGCUGUCAUGGAGCUUGUUUGUCAUGUAGCCAUAAAUAUUAAGGUGUUUGCUGAGAUAGCCUUGGUGGAAGAGAUAAGAUAGAAGCAUGUAUUUAUUAUGGUGGAGCUUGCAGCCUUUUUGGACUAAGGCUUUGCUUCAUUGUGAAGCUUUUAUGUUGGGUCUUGUAUUUGCAUAGUAUUUAUCCAGAUCAGAAGCCCCUUAGCUCGUUGCUUAUGCCGAAGGCAUGAGGAGCGAGAUGUAUAAGAGCCUGUUUGGAUCCUCUUUUUUAAGCUAGAAGUUACUUAUAAGCUAAAGCUAAAAAUAAGAGUUUAAAAAAAGAAGCUAAAAGCUGUUUGGUAAUUUAGCUUAAAAAUUACUUAAAAGCACAUGUUUCAAGAAAAUUAUUUCUCUCUCUAUAUUUAUAACUCUUCAUUUAAAAAAAAAAGCACACAAUUCAAGAAAAACAGAUAAGAGCUAAAAAAAAAGCUCCUACUAGGAGCUUUUAGUUUUCAGCUUUUUUCUUCAUUAUAAAAAUAAGAGCUUUUCAUUAUAAGAACUUUUUCCAAAACCUGUUUGGCCUAGCUUAUGCUUAUAAGUAGUUUCUUGCUUAAAAAAGAGAGGAUCCAAACAGGCACUAAGUCUGCGAGAUGAUUUGUCUGUUAUCAGCCUAGGAAAUUCAUUUGACUUGCACCUGAAAGCUGCGUUGCGCUUGUUCCUUUAGCUGGA